AAUUGAAUGCAAUAGGCAAGACUUGACCAGUGGGGACCAGAACUCACCAGACCUUCGAGCUGUGCAGUACUAUAAUUUAUAAUUACCAAUUGAUUUGAGUAUGACGAGUACCGACAGGAGUUUGUUAGCUUCAGUGAGUUCAAAAUUUACUGAAGAAACACUGAGAAAUGUUCUGAUCAAGCUGACAGGUGAUGAUGGUGCUGUUGUGACAUCUUGGAAUGUUGAAGCUGCUGCUGGAAAGGGUGACAAUUAUCUGUCAGUUGUCAGUCGUGUGACAAUUGAUGGAUUGGUACAGGGAAAAUCAUCACGGAAUACUGUUAUCGUCAAGGCCAUUCCAACUAAUAAAACGAGAAAUACUAUCUUCAGGAGUAAAGACUUCUUUAAAAAUGAAACUGCAUUUUAUACUAAGGUGAUCGCUCUUUUUGAAGAGUUCUUGACGAAGAAAGGAAAACUAGAACUUCUCAACGUUCCUAGGUGCCUGGGAUAUUUGGAGGAUGGAGAGAACGAUUUUAUUGUCCUCGAGGAUGCAAAGGCCAAAGGAUUCUCCGGAAUUGACAGACUGAAGGCCUGGAAAUAUGAAGAUUGCAAGGUGAUCUUCAAAGCUUUUGCUCAAUAUCAUGGAAUUUCUCUGGCUGUUUUGCAACAGCAACCCCAGGAAUUGCUCGAAGCUACCAAAUAUCUCUCAGAGCCAUUGUUCACGGAAAAAUUCUGGGAUUGGUACGGCAGAUAUUAUACACUGAGUAUUAAUGCAGCUCAAGAUGCAAUGGCAAAAGAAUAUCCAGGAACUCCCCAGGAGGAAAAAUUCCGAACAAUGACGUCUCGCAAGUUGUUUAGCAAGUGCGUUGAGUUAUUGAAUGAGAGGAAUAAAUCAGUAUUUGUGGUGAAUCAUGGGGAUUCGUGGGCAACGAAUUUCAUGACUCGAAUUCUUCCUAAUGGCGACCACGAUGCCAUAAUCUUUGAUUUUCAACUUGCCAGAUGUGCAAGUCCCGUUCACGAUCUCGCGUACUUUGUUUAUACUGUCACCGAUAAAGAGACAAGGGAUAAAUAUUUCCUGAAUCUACUUAAGUAUUAUCAUAAUGAAAUGAAACAAAUCAUGGCUGAGCUGGGCUCCAAUAUCGAUGACAUCUACCCUUUGAGUUUGUUCAUGGAAGAGGUGAAAGAACAAUUUGUCUUCGGUUUUGCCUUUGGCCUGGAGACUCUCCCCAUGUCGAUGCUCUCAGCGGAUGAAUCAUUCGAUUUAGAUGACACAAAUGGUGAAGUCUUGAAUAUAGCAGACAUCUGGACCCUCAAACCCACCAAUAACAAAGUCAAUCGACUCCGUCUUGCCGAUGUUGUUAAACAUGGAAUCGAUCACGGAUUUCUGUAAAGACCGGAGACAAAAGGAAUUAUUCUAUAUCCCUAUAAUAUCUUAGCGAAUUGAUCUGCCGAUAGAAAAACCCCGGAAAUCUCAUUAUUAUGUAAUUAUCCGUACAAAAGACUUGGAUUACACGAUGGAAAUAUUUUCCCAUUGUAAUUACCGAGAGAAGUACAUGAAUUAAAUUGCACAGCAUUUUUAAUACUAUUUUAAUUUCAAUCCGACUUUAAUAAAAGUCUCGAGUUCAUGUUAGAAAUCCAAGAAAGCUGUAUAUUUAUUCGAAAAAUUCUUAUUGUAUAAUAAAGUUGAAUAAAAAAGGCUUAUGUGCAGCAUAUCCAAGAACAA